AUAAACUCCGAGUGAUGAGGUUGGAGCGAUCAACGGGGCGCUCCAUUACACCCAUUCCAUUUUGGUCUCGUUUUCACAGUAACGAAGAUAGCAAUGGCGAACGCACGGCCUCACAGACUCUACGCCAAGGGCCGCGUGCUCGGUUUCCGCCGCUCAAAGCGCAACACCAAGGAACACACCUCGUUGCUCCAAGUCGAGGGUGUCCGCACCACCGAGGACACUGAGUUCUACCUCGGCAAGCGUGUCGCCUACGUUUACAAGGCCAAGAGGGUCAUCGAUGGCAGCAGGAUCCGCGUCAUCUGGGGCCGUGUCACCCGCUCCCACGGAACAUCCGGCGUUGUGAGGGCCAAGUUCAGGUCCAACCUUCCCCCCCGCAGCUUCGGUGCCAGCAUCAGGAUUAUGUUGUACCCUUCCCGCGUGUAAUUUGGUUACGAUUAGUCUCGAUCUGUCCUCGUCGUUCUACACCAAAUGUAAAAAAUCCUAAAAGAACGUCCUUUUGGUUCGCCACUGAAAUUUGGCUGCCGUUGCUCCUUUCGUUGGAGGUGGAAUCAGCCGUCGGGGUGCUGUAGGAGAUGGAAGGGGGAGAUUGGACCUAUGUCGGGGGUGAGAGGGAACUUACAUUGGGGAAAGCGUGAGCACGGUGGUUAUGCUUUGUAACGCUCAGAAGGCAAUAGCGAUGACAUGUGGGAGGCCAUACGAGCAGG